GGCGGCUUACUGCUGUCGGGUCUCCCCGCCGUUGUCGUCGUCUUCCUCCCCGGUCCCCGCUAAUCAUCCUCACCUACCGUACCGACCUAAAUCACCGCUCCGAUCCUCCACUAGCCAUCCUCUCCUCUCCCUCCCUCCCUCCCGCCCCGGACGUUGGCUCAUUGAGGCUUGUCUUCUUGGGAAACAUUAGGGUUAGGGUUUACUUCCCUGGGUGCAGUUCCUCAUUUGGAAGUGGACAUUUCUUGACGAGUGCGGUCGAUCAGGGAGAAGAGGAGGGAGAGAGAAAGAUGCAGCAGCCGCCGCAGAUGAUUCCCGUCAUGCCGUCCUUUCCCCCGACUAACAUCACCACCGAGCAGAUUCAAAAGUACCUUGAUGAGAACAAGAAGUUGAUUCUAGCGAUAUUGGACAAUCAAAAUCUCGGAAAGCUUAAUGAAUGCGCCCAGUAUCAAGCGCUGUUGCAAAAGAAUUUGAUGUAUCUUGCUGCAAUUGCUGAUGCUCAGCCUCAGGGCCCCGCAAUACCACCCCAGAUGGCUCCACACGCUGCUGCCAUGCAAGUUCAACAAGGUGGUGGGUACUUCAUGCAGCAUCCACAGGCGCAGGCCCAAGCCCAAGCCCAAGCCCAGGCUCAAGCUCAAGCCCAAGCCCAGGCUCAAGCUCAAGCCCAGGCCCAGGCUCAAGCUCAAGCCCAGGCUCAGGCUCAGGCUCAGCAGCAAGCAGGGCUUUUCCCUCCUAAGAUGCCUCUUCAGUUCAGCAGUCCACAUCAGCUGCAACUCCAGGACCCUCAGCAGCAUCAGCUCCACCAGCAAGCCAUGUCUAGCCAAAUGCAAAUGGGCAUGCUAAGACCGAACAAUGGGCUGCUUCAUCAUCCCAUGCAGCACCCGGAGGCCACCACUCACACUCAAGGUAGCAAGCAAGAUGCCCCAGGCUCUGAUACUGGGCCUGCCUCCGGGACAGAUGGCCAGGGUGCCUCAGGCCGUGCCGAGGGGUCCGAGGAGGCAAAAUGAAGGGAGCAAGUGGACUUAAUGGAUAGCUUGCUUAUUUUGUUUUGCUGUAAGCUGAAUGAAGAUAGUUGUAGUUGUUACUAGAAAGUGGUUCUUCUGGUCUCCUAGUUUUUGGUUCCUGAUGAUGUAUGUACUAUGUAGCAUGUUAGUCGAAAGCCUGCAGCUAGGUAUCAUUGCCAUGGAGGCAACGAUUGAGUCAUAGGAAGCAGGCAUUGGCAUCCAAUCACCGGGACUGUCAUUUUUAAUUUUUCAAGUAAAUGACUCGAGGUGAGGUGUUCUGAGAAUUUGCAGGCUGCAAAGCUUGUUCUUCUCUCUUGUUAGUUAAGGUCACAGUCUGAGAGUUAGUUUUACAUUUCAAUGGUGAUGGUCAUGUAUGGAGGAGGAAAAGCUCCAGUGCUUAUCGUAUCGUCGAAGUUAGUCUUUUGUGAUUGGAGUUUCAUAGUCAGGCAAAUUUUUCCGGUA